CUCACACACGCAUCUCUCGAAUUCCACUUGUCAGUUGGAUUAGUACGAUCAGUUUCAUCCCAACGUUUUUCAAAGAUACAUAAAAAAACGUACUAGUACAAAUAGAUUCUUUAUCAUCAAACAAAAGUAUUUUUGUUGUUUAUUUUUUAUUGAAUUUUGUUUUAAUUGGCUUCAUGGACAACAACACUCGAAAGAAAAAUUUAAAAAGAGGAAAGAAAAGUAAAAAAAAUUAUCUUUGUCAAGUUUAAUUACUCUACGGUUUAUGUAAAAAGUGCUAUGGUUUUAUUCAAAAUAUUAUUAAUUUUGAUAGCUUUAAUAAAUGUCGUUUUAAGUGUAAAUCUCUCCAAGUUUAGUACUGUUGGGAAAUGUUGUCCACCGGGAAGAGUCUUUUUUAACAGAGAAAAUUUCACGUGUGCUGCUCUAGACGAUGAAAAUUCCCUUGAGCUUCAUGAUACCAGAAGCAAUCACUGGGGAAAUGAAGACUUUAGAGGAUGUCCAAGUGCAAAUUUAUCUGUAACAAGUCUAAGUGACAUCGAUUCAAUAAUCCCUGGAUCUACAGCUUGUAUUGAUCUUCUCUACUGUGAGCUCAAGUAUACGCCAUUUAUUUUCUUCUGUCAGGAUGAUAAGGAGAAUUUACCGGUUCCUCGAUUAACUGCUAUCAGGAAAUGUUGCCCUUCUGGACAAUUUUAUGACAUCAACUCUCGCAAUUGUGUGAACGAUUUAACUCCAUCAAAUAUUAUAAAAAACAUUGAUGAUCUCCUUCAUGAUACUGUAGAUUUCGUCACCAUCUCUUAUGGACCACCAAUUUGUGAUUACGCAAUUGUCGAUCAUGUGGUCAAUAUUCAGGAUGUAAAAUUUCUCCAAAAUGGUACAUUUCAGGUGUUAAUAUCAUCAGGAAACGGUCUAGAAAAUUUAGUUCUAGACACAAAUGAUGCUUGCCUCGACUCAGGACCAUCUACAGAUACUCUGAUAAUAAGAUCUUGCAGUACAUCCAACUUUUGUGAUGAAAAUACAUGCAUAAGAAAAUGCUGCGCUGAAGAUGAGGCUUGGAUUGAACACAAGUGUCAAAAAGUUUCAUUAUACAAAGAACCCACUGGGAAAUUUCAUCAAGAGCUCAAGAAAGUUAUUGCCUCACUUUCUCCAGAAAACUCAACAAGGAUAAAUGUUUUGAAUUCAACUAAUUAUGGACUGAUAAUUGGCUUACAUGAGUGUGAGGAUGGGAUGUAUCCGAUAUUGCCUAAUGAGUCGUGGCACGUCACUCCACAAGGACAUGUUUAUGUACCGGGUUAUAAAGCAUAUGAACAUCAUGAGUAUUGUAUGGAUAUGCUAUAUGGCAACCAUUAUUAUAGAGAUGGAUUGUAUCCUUGUGUUUGUUUCAAUUCUCAACCAGUACAUGAAGCCAUUGAACCUGAAAGGUUUGGAAUAAAUGCUGCUUUAGAACUGACAAGUUGUAUGUUUCUCCUGUUGACAUUUUUGGUGUACCUAUGUUUGCCCCUACUGCAAAAUCUCCAUGGAAAAACUUUAAUGUGUCAUGUGGCUAGUCUUUUCGUUGCAUAUGCUUGUCUCGCGACAAUUGCCCUGACACCACCGCCUGAUGCAUACAACGAGGAUAAACAACCACGGACUCUGUGUAAAUUUCUUGGUUACACGACGUUGUUGGCUUUUCUCGCCUCGUUCUCGUGGCUCAACAUUAUGUGUUUCGACAUUUGGUGGACCUUUGGAGGAUAUGGAGGAGCUGCUCACAUAGGCGGUAAAAAAAAUGCUCAGAAAAAACGCUUUAUUAUUUACUCCCUGUAUGCUUGGGGCUUUUCUUUAUUCAUUACGUCACUUGCAAUCACAGCAGACCAUACAGACACUGUUAAACAACAUCUGCGCCCUAACAUUGCCGUUGAUUCAUGCUGGUUUGCACAAACUUGGAAUAAUCAGGGAGAAAUGGUUUAUUUUAUUGGACCAGUUUCGAUUCAAUUAGCAACGAAUGUUGUCUUUUUUAUAUUGACAUUACGACACUGCAGUCGAGUUAAAGCAGACAUUUCCAAAGUCAUGAUUAGCACCACUGAAUAUAAAAAACGACGCUUUCAAGCUGACAGAUCCAAGCUCAUUCUCAACAUCAAACUUUUCAUCGUUAUGGGAAUCUCUUGGAUAUUUGAAAUAAUUUCAUACUUUAUGAAUCACUAUGCUGUUGAUCUACGUUGGCGUACACAAUUUUUUUAUAUAUCAGAUUCUUUUAAUUGUCUCCAAGGUUUACUAAUAUUUAUACUUUUUGUAUUGAAAAUCAAAGUUUAUUAUGCAUUAAUGCACCGACUCGGACGUCGUAAAGCAAACAGGCCGACAAGUGUUGCCGGAACUAGUCUCCAGGAUCCAUUCAAAGUGAAAAAAAGUAUCAGCUGUAGCACACUCACGUCAACUUUUGCUAUCAGCAACUCACCGUAGUUUCGUGUGAACUUAAAAAAAUAAAAAUCAUUUCUCAUGAUAAA